AUGGGCUUAUGCUGCUCAAAGGGUAGAACGUACGCAAAAUGUGAUAUGAGCACCAGCAUACUUAAAUUAUCGGGCAAAAUUGCUCCAAUUAUUUCUAAAUGUAUUUCCCAUUCAGUUUCUAAAGAAGAAAUAAGCCUCUUAAGAGAGCUAUAUAUUGAUUUGUCAAGGAGAACAGACUCGCACCAAAAUAUCGAUAAAGAAACGUUUAUCCAAUUCUUCCCACUGCCUGUAAAAAAUUAUUCAGGGCAUGCUAAGUGAAAGGCUUUUCAAGCUAUUCGAUACCACUGGGAGUGGCGUUAUUAGUUUUGAAGAUUUUAUGAUAGGGAUAGCCAGGUUCAGUAAAGGUACUGAUGAGGAAAAACUGCAAAUGAUUUUUGAUCUUUAUGACUUGUGUGGGGAUGGGUAUAUUGAUCGAGCUGAAUUAUUAGCACUUGUAAGGGCUAUAUAGAUUCAUAAUUCGCUGAAAGAAACACUUAUAGAAAAAACCAUCGUUCCAGAAGGGGAAAAAGAUGCAAAUGCUGAGGGCUCUUUUUCAGAUUUGGUAAUUAGUAUGAGAACUCCUAAAUAUAGAAGUAAAUUCAAUAUAGUCCAUAAAUCGAGGAGCGGCUCUUCGUAUUCUCUCAGAACUCAGUCUACAAUGAGCCAUCACAACUCUAAAGCCCAGCUCUUAGCUUCUCAAGUUUUAGAACAAUACGGAGAACGAGGAGUGCUCACAUUUAAAGAAUUCGUCAACUUUAUUGACCAACACCCUAAUAUUCUGCAGCUUUUUUCAGCGGUUUUUAAAGAAGACAUUUGGUCGUCUACUGCAAAAGUCUUGGAUUCUCCAAAGAAAAUUUGCAAAACCCCAAAAACUAAAAGUGACCAAAGCAACAGUGAGCCUAUAAGCCCAAGCAAAAUUCCUAGCUUAAACUGUAUAGAUAUGUCUGGGACUGUUUAUAAGAAAAACAAAGAAAAAGAUGAACUGGAAAAAAAAUAUGCCAUUUUAAAAAAGAAUUUAUUAGUAUUUUUUGAUAAUGAAGAAGACGUCAUGCCUUCUGGGGUCGUUUUUAUGGAAGGGUGUUAUGUGGAUGUAAUUGGUGACUAUCUUGUUUCCAAUAAAUUUGGAAUUUCACUAUCUCACCAGAAUGCAGCUUACCAAGAAGUCCUCAUUUACUGCGAUUUAAGAACUGAUCGAGAUGAAUGGGUCAAAAUGCUUGAAAAUGCUGCGAAAACAAGGAAAUUCAAAGAAUUUUAUGAGCUUAAAGAAAGACUGGGCCAUGGGAAAUUUUCUGAUGUAUAUGAAGCAGUUGAGCAUUCGACCAAUAUGAGAUGGGCUGUCAAAGUCAUUAAUAAAAUUCGGCUGAAUAAGCAGGAAAAAGAGUUCUUAAGGACAGAAAUCGCAAUUAUGAGGCUAAUUGACCAUCCAAACGUAAACUAUUUCUCCUUAAAUUCCCUAGGAUUAACAAAUAAUUUUUAAUUUACUAUGAAAAAUUAUUAAAAAUCUCAAUAAUAACGAUGACCCCCCUCAAUCUUCAUGUCUAUUGCAACAAAAAUGCAAUUUUUUUAAUAUAAAAUUUUUUAUAUAAAAAAAUAAUAAUUUUCAUGUCUCUUUCAACAAAUUAUAUGCAUUUAAAUGGCGACACGUGUCAACCUGCCCUCUUGGCGCAGCAGUUAAGACCUUAUGGCUACGGCGAACUGGGACGGACUCCGAGCCGAGAAUCAGAUGCAGGCUCAAGAAGUCUGUAUCCGGAUAGGUUUUGGCUGCUUUCCUGUGGUUGGAAAUGGAGUUGCUCAGCAACGUCCUUUGGAUCCGAGGACCCAUAGGCAUUCCUCAACCGAGAAACUGGGGUUUCGGCCCAGGCCACAGGGAACAGUCUUUUUCCUGUAGCUGUCUAAGAAAGGCACUUUGACACCCGAUAGACUCCAAGAAGCUGAUCAUUGGAAUCAAGCUACUCCAAUCGCCCGUAGCAGGGCCGAAGAAAUCCAUAAGCCGCAAGGCAAGGAGGAGACAGAAGGUACCGGAAGGGCACUCGUAAGAGGGAUAGACACUCUGGGUUGGAGUCGAAAACGGUAGAAUAUUCCGUACGGGAGGUCUUUAAUGACUGCGUCACCAAUAUGGCUAGCGCCUGUCUGUAAUAAUCCUAAACCUCUUGCAACAAAUUUUUGAUGCGCAUCUUAACUUUCCCGUACUUUUUAGCUAGAUAAGUUUAAUAAAAUGGCGAGCGAUGACAAUAGCCGUCCAAAUCUCGAUGAGAAGGUCAUUGACACACCUACAGUAGCGCUGUUUUAUGGUUUUUUUGAGAAACUCACCUAGAGAAAAAUGCAUUAUUUUUUUUAUAAAAAUGUUGUGUGGCAGUAGGCAUGAAGAUUUUUUCGAAAAAUUUUUGUUGCAAUAGACAUGAAGAUUGAGGGGGGGGGGUCAUCGUUACAACUAAAAGAAGUUUUUGAUACGAAAAAGCAUUUGUUAAUAGUCAUGGAAAUCGUGGAAGGAGGAGAAUUGUUUGAGAGAAUUGUAAAGAAAAAGGUGUUCUCUGAAUACGCAGCAAGCCAAAUAAUUAAGCAGCUGCUUGAAGUUGUGUGCUAUUUGCAUGAAGUUGGAAUUAUUCAUAGAGAUAUUAAGCCUGAAAAUAUUUUACUUGGCGAUACCUCAGAUAUUCCACAGAUAAAACUGGCAGACUUUGGCUUAUCAAAGCUUACUGGUCCAAACGAUAUACAGACUUUAGCUUGUGGGACUUUAGGAUAUGCAGCUCCUGAGGUGCUGAGCCAAGAAGGGUAUACUUUUAAAGCUGAUAUUUGGAGUAUUGGUAUUGUCGCAUAUUUAUACCAUUUAUUAGCAAAACGUCUAUAAUAUAUAAGAACAUUAAAUAAUUCCUUUAUUCAUUAUAAAUCUAUUUAUUAUUGGCUGGAAGACUUCCUUUCGACCAUAAAGAAAAGCAAGUCUUGAUCGAUCUUACAUUAAAUGGAGCUAUUCCAUUUGAAGGACUAUGGGAUAGAUACACUCCAUUAGCUACUGAUUUCAUAAAAAAACUUAUGAACAGAAACGUCGACGAAAGACCAACCGCCCGUGAAGCACUUCAGCAUCCUUGGAUUAAGACGUCAGAUGUGAUGAUCCCUCGAGCAAUUAAUAAGCAGAAAAUGGCAGAAAGCCAUCUUAAACGAGGACUAACGUCAUCAAAUCUUGCGUCAGUUGAGUACACAGAAAUGAAUAAAAGUGAGUCCACAAAGUCGCUUGAUUCAAUAUAUAAUAGCACAGUUAUACAGAGCUUGCCCGAUCUCCUCCUUGAUAUUGAGCCUUUAAGAAGACAUCAUGAAGAAAGAAACAUUAUUGAAUUAUAA